CAGAAUCAUCAUGUGUACAGUUCGGUGAUGCCUAGUCCCACACUUGCAAAUAUGACCAAACCCCGAGGGCAUUGUCGACAAAUCCAGGCUCAAGAGAGAAAAAGGCUUCCACAUUUUGAUCCCAUCAAUAAAGAGACAACAGAGAGAGAGAGAGGCCCUCCUCCAAACUCCAAACACCACCUGCCCCUGCCCUCUCCCCGCUUCUAAUUCUGUUUUCUGCUAUCUCCCAGAAUUUAAUCUGCCGGAAAAAAAAAAAUUCAGCCAUGAGAAUUACAAAUCCGCCGCCGCGGCUGCCAUUGAUUCUGCUACUGCUCAUAAUCCUAUCGUUGGACCUCUGCAGCUGUACCAGCCGACGCCACCUCCGCUCCAGCAGAAGAGAUGUUAACAGUGAUGAAAUCAAGCAAGCAGAUCGUCAAAUGUCUUCUUCUUCUCCGUCGUGGAGCGCUACUAAAUACUACUUCCCGCCGCCGCCGGCAGAAGCGCCGCGCGGAUCCAGAGCACGCGAUCGCAAGGGCGUGGCGGCUGGCCCGGCCAGGGUGUACGGAGCUUCAUAUAGAACAGUGCCGGCGGGCCCGAACCCGCUUCACAAUUGAUUAUCAUCCGCCAUUUUGUUCGGUCAAAUUUCCAGCAGGGGAAAAUACUGUUUCCCUGUUUUUUAGUUACUCUUUUUUUUUUUCCACUUACAUCUCUUCUUGUACUGUAAUUUUGUUACCGCAUAGGGUAAAUCUCUUGUACUGCUGUAUGUAGCAAAAUUUGUUGAUUAGUUAAUUAUAUGCCAUCUAGCUUAGAUAGCUAGCUUGUAUUAUUAUUAUUAUUUUAUUAUUAUUGAUAUCUGGGGAGUCAUUAUUCAUAGAGUUAAUACUUAAUACAACAGCAUCUUCUGCCUUUUUUAUUUAUUUUAGAAAUCUCAUUAACAUUCUAAUAAUAUUAUAAGUUUUCG